UGGACAAGAUGCCGUGUCCAUCCCGUGCCCCAAGCAGACAUUGCUUGUCGGUGCAGCGUGCAGCGUCAACAACAAGAUCCUGCAGCUGUCGUCGAGACGAUCGUCUGGCGAUAGAUCGCUAUUGGACCCACAGCUGCGGCAACGACCAUCGCUCACCCGUUACGAGUGAACAUGAGCGCCAGGAGGGCUACGUGUUCGGCUCGGUAACGCAACACGCCUGGUCGUUCGACAAAGUUUCCGGAGCAUAAGAGGAAUCUAGACGAAUCCCAUCGACAUUCGGUACGGUCCGGCAAAGUCACCUGCCGUCAAGCCCUACUAAAGAUGCUCCGCGCACUCUUCUACUAUGUCCUCGGAGGCAUCACCUUUCUCCCACUCUGCCUUGUCGCCGGCUUUCUCUACUUUAUCCUGACCUGUCCGCCAGUUGAGCAGGAUGGGCAGCCUUUGCGUGCGUCAAAGGCGGCGGAAGGGGCACCGGGGCCACUGGGCGAUGUCGACCUCUCACCCGAGCGCAAGGCCGAAGCCCUCGAUCUCGCCGUGGCAGCGGCAGCGAACGCCUCCUCUGCUGCCGGUACAGAAGAAUCAAAUACAGCUUAUGGCGCAGACACUGCCGUUGUCGGUGGAGUCGAUAUACCCACAGCUGCCAAGCGCCUGCUACCAUUGCGCACCGACAAGCCUGGAACUUCGGCAUCGGCUGCGGCGCCAGUAUCGAGCAAGAAUUUCCGAUCCGGCUGGCUCAUCGUCCGAAAGCAAUUUCACCCGCCUGGCUCGGCUGAAGCAGUGCCACAUUCUACACAUACAGAAGGUAUCAGUGAUGUUGGCGAUGGUGGCUCUAGCACUGGUGGUGCCGCGGGAGACUCGGGAUCGUUAGGCAAGAGCAAAGGCGGCUACAUGAGCGCGGUCUACCGUGGUCUCCUCGACUAUCGGAAGAACCAGGCUGGUGGUAACCAAAUGAACGGUCAGUCAGGAUCAGAUCCCGAGGCCGAGCAGCAGGCGCCAUCCAACAACCUCCCCGGAGGCCUCGAAGCCCUCAAGAGCGACGGCAACACCAAGAACGGGAAGCCGGACCGUGCAGGUGUGGGCCGCAACCAAGCUGCAAAAGAGCAGUUUCACGCGAUCCUCAAAGGACCCAUCCUGUAUCUCUACUCGGCGGAUGAGUCGUCGCCCAAUGCGACAAACGAGGUGCAAGCUGCCAUUGACGUGCGAGGCAAGCGUGUCAGUAUCUACAUCGCAGGCCUCGGCGACGUACAGGGAGAGCCGAGCGAGGAGGGCUUUGAGAGUAUGAAACUGGGGAACGGAAGCUCUGCAACGGUUGACAGUGGUGGCGACGGUAGCCUCGACCAAGAUCCGGACGCGUCAGCAGUUGCAGCGGCGGCUACUACGACCGAGGAGGCAGAGGCUGCAGCGGCUGCUUUGGCAAAGGCGAAGCGGCACGAGGCUGUCGUCGCCAAAUGGAAGGCUGUCGCUGCGAACGUCCGUGAUGGCGAACUGUUCAUGAAGCGCAAUGCUGUGCGCAUCGUUGGAAAACUUCCACCAGCGCUUUCGACGAAGUUGACCAAGGGGCACGUCAAGGCGUUGGAUUUUACCGAGUGGUUCAUCUUUGCCAAGUCGGCCACACUGCUCGAAGAUUGGUACCAUGCGCUGCUGCAUGCUUCCCUUCUUCCGCUUCCAGAUCACAGUGCUCCAGGCGCUUGGAAAGGCGCCGACAAGAGCAACAUGGCUCCCUUCCAGGCGACCACCGACCCCGUCGGCCCGCUCUUCUCGACCAUGGACAUGUCGGCGCUGCUCGCGUCGCUCGACACGGUCCCCGACCCGAUCCCCCUGCGCUGGCUCAACGCGAUGCUCGGCCGGGUCUUCUUCAGCAUCUACCGGACCGCCUGGCUGGAGGACUACGUGACGAACAAGCUCAUGAAGAAGAUCAGCCGCGUCAAAACGCCAAGCUUCCUCAGCGACGUCAGGGUGCGCGAGGUCGAUCUCGGCAGGACGCCGCCUGCGUUCAGCAGGCCGAUGCUCAAGAGUUUGACGGGCGAAGGAGAGGCUAGCAUGGAGGUGACGCUGCAUUACACUGGCUCGCUGCGGCUGACCAUCUCGACCAAUCUCACCAUUUCUCUCGGUUCGCGCUUCAAAUCCUAUACCGUCUCGCUUCUCCUUGCCGUUGUACUGCGCUCCCUCGAAGGAAACUUGCUCCUGCACAUCAAGCCGCCGCCGAGCAACCGGCUCUGGUUCGGCUUCACGCAGCCACCCAAGAUGGACCUCGCCAUUGAACCGGUGGUCAGCGAGCGCAAGGUUCAGUGGUCCAUGGUCACGAGGAUCAUCGAGAGCCGGAUUAGAGAAAUGAUGAUGGAGUCGCUCGUCUUACCGCAUAUGGAUGAUGUCCCGUUCUUUGACACCCGACCCAUGACGCAGCGCGGCGGCCUCUGGGCAGACGCGGUCAAGCGUGCGGAUCAGACUGCUAGCUCAAGUUUCAUGUUUGCAACUCCGAGCUGCGACAGCAGCAAGAGCCAAUCGAGAAGACCCUCGGCGCCGCAUGCGCCUCCGGUCCCUGAAGGUGCAGCUUCUUCGGAGGCAGAGGACGGAAUUUCGUCCUCUGUCAACGUCAGUGCCGCCGCCGCUGAUGACGAGCUAGCGCCUCGUAUUCAUCAAUGUAGGCAGAUUCCGCCCGGUCCUCCCGCACUGCCUACGAGUGCGUCUGCUAGCCUGAACUCCUUGCUUUCGAGGGACGCUGCAGCGGCUGCUGCGAGUGGAGCACAACAAUUGCAAGCGAUGAGCAUCGGGUCAGACAGCCAGAUAGGGACAGGCCCAGGCUCGACCGGCAAGCGAAAGACCUGGUUCGCCAGCUCGUCACGCUUAGCUGUUCCCUCUGGCUUCACGUCUGCCUCUGUUUCUGCCAGCCGCAAGACCUCUCAAAACGCGAGUCAACUUUCUGGCGGGACUUACUCCGGCAACCUUCCUUCUUCUUCCAAUGCGCCACCUCUUCCCGAGCAGGUAGAGGCUGCGCAUGAUACCUCAGAUACAGGAGCUUCUUCUGUCAAGUCCAUGCCAAUACAGCGAACAUUUACACAAGGCACGCAGGGCGCCAUCGAGCAAGGUUCUCGUGAAUCGUCGCUCAUUCUUAAUGAUUGGGACCCAUCUACUGCGGCCGAUGUGCCAAACAUUCAAAGGACGACCUCUUCUGCCCAGAUGGACGCUGUUGCGUCUGCGGUUGAACCGCAGGAAGAUGAGUUGGUACCGAUCAUCCCACCGCGUCCGCAACAGGCAACCGAGCUGUCAUACGGUCAGAUAAACAAGAAGUGCGACAUCUCAGAUCAGGAGCGGACAUCGCCCGCCUCGGCGCCAUCGCAGCACGGUCACACUGCCAGCUUUGCGUGGAACGGCCCAAGUGUCAUCCUUACUCCAGCGCAACAGGCUCGCUACGAUGCUGCUAGGUUGUCGCAGCGCACGCAAAGUCUGAAUGUGGGUGCGCUCGCGGGGCAGAAUGUCAGUGGUGCGCUGCUGUCAUCCUGGAACAAAGCAAGAGCAAGCCUUGCGGACAAGGAGAGCCGAACAGCGGCGGCGAAAGAUGCCAAAGAUGCCAUGAAGCGAGGCUGGGCCAGCUUUCAGUCUCGCAGAAUGGAUGGCAAGAACAAUGCGUUGAGUGCUGUAAAUGCAAAUGUCACCGCUGUCAACCAAACCUUGCACGAGCGAGGCUUGAUGAUGUCAUCCGGUCGCUCAGAAACAUAUUCAACGUCGUCGGAGCCACUCAACAAUUGGCUGGCCAGCAGUCCACCCGACCCGGUCAGCAUGGCUAUAGGCAUCGACACCAAUAAACCCGAGCGUGGGUCGACUAAGCGGAAUAAACAAGCCGAGGCUGACGAGAGCUUCCGAGGCGAUAGCCAGCAUUACCCACGCACUGCCGUCAUUCGCGAUGAAGAGAGGGGGGGUAGAGAUGCUGAUCGUUCUGUCAGCGCAUCUAGUUCGCGGUCGAGCUCCGUUAGUAAGCAGUCAUAUCGAGAGCACCGGGCAGAGCGGGCCUCCAACACCGUAACACCUACUACAUCGGAAGCCCCGAAAGCACCCAGUCCUGUCACUGCGGUUCACCAACGAACUGGCUCAUCAACCUCUCAAGAUGUGCACACAGGCUCGCCGCCAGCGCGCGCAUUUAUCCCGGCUGCCCCUAUUGCAACCACAUCGGUAGCUUCUGGGAUAGCUGUCGAGUUCGCAAAGUCCAAUGACAAGGCUUCUGCCAUUUCUCGGUCUGUUAAAACAAUUACGGUCGAGGCAGACCAAUCACCGCGGACGAAAGAGGCAAGCGGAAGUGGGCAGAAGCCGUCGUUGCCGCUCAAGGGAAUCAAGGUGCAGCCGAAGCCCUCGGCCAUGAUGGCGAUUCCAGGCAUGUCAGCAGGUGCAAAAGCUGAACCACAAUCGUUCAGUGCAUCCCCGCCGCUCGGAACAAAGCGUGAGCCGGUCGAAUCCCUAGAGUCACGCCUCUUCCCCCUUCCUGCAGAAAAUUUCUCUCCUUCCGAUGGGCCAACGCAAUCUGCAGUGGGACAACCCGACGCGAUGGUGGUCAGCGAGCCUGGCGUGUCCACGCCAUCUGCAGCAUCAGAACGGUCAUUGACAGAAGGAGAGAGGACCGAGAUUGUACAACCUGCUUCCGGGGCAAUUGAAGUGCAGCCUCGUUCUCAGGUAGCGAUCCUCGUGGCCCCGCAAACAGCAGUGAACCAAGUCAAAAUGACCUUCGAAGAUGAUGCAAAACGCAAAGUUGUUGCCACAGCUGUGUCAAAGGAUGGACUUAUCUCGGGCGAGCACGGGGCAGAUAAUGACAUCCGUGCGGCGUCCGGUAUGGAAAAGGAUGUGACUCCUUCAAUUGAGGCGCCUUCGGACCCGCAACAACCCCUCAUUGACUUUGUUACAGACGGAGACCCAUGGCAGCUGGACGACCCGGCAGCUCAAUGGUUUGGCUACCCAGCGCUGAAGGCAAAUGCUCCCAAUGUAUCAUAGAAAUACUUCGAAUAGCCCAUUCAACACGUCUUCCGGUCGGUGCUCGUAAAU